UUCCUCCAAUGGCCUUUCCUUUUCUUCAUCUGAAAUUGAUACCCAUGGGAACAGGUAAGUAGUGCGAAAGAAGAAAGAGAAGCUUUCGAGUUUCAAUCUCCAAUCGAAGCAACCUCAAAGAGGAGGGAAGAGUAAUCAGUAGUAGUAAUGGGGGAGGAUCAAGAUCCACAGCGGUUAAAGAAGAUCGCCGCCUCCUCAUACGACUAUGAUAACGACUCACGAUGGGCGGAUUACUGGUCCAAUAUCCUCAUCCCUCCUCAUAUGGCUUCUCGUCCAGAAGUCGUAGAAUACUUCAAGCGCAAGUUCUACCAGCGUUACAUUGAUCCUGAUCUUCUUGUUGAGCCAAUGCCUUCUAGCAACUCUUCUCAAACUGCAAGACCAUCUGCACCAUCCUCAGCAUCACCUGCAACUGAACAGGCACGACCCCGGAACUCAGGUUCAACUACUAGAACAUCAGGGGCAUCAACAACGCCGAGCACAAAUCCAGGUUCUUUCCGCUGGGACCGACCGACCAUACAAUUUUCCAUCAAUGCUUGGGUAUUUAUUGUUGCUUUGCUUGCCAUCUUUCCUCUUGCGCCUAGAAAUCUUUCAAACAGGGCAUAUCGCUUGUCCUUUAUGGGAACUGCAUGUUCAUCUCUGUAUUCUUUGUACUCAUUAUAUGGGAAGCCUCGGGCAUGGAAUCUUCAAGUUCUCCAAGUAUGGUUUCAGUCAGUAGUUGCAACCAAGGAUUUUAUGUACUUUCUUUACUGUCUUAUGUUUGUGACCUCCCAACUUCACCUCAAAUUUGCUUUGAUACCUGUGCUUUGUCAAGCGCUUGAGCAUGUUGCAAAGUUUCUAAGACGUAAUUUUGGUCGUUCCUCAUUGUACAGGAAGUAUAUGGAGGAUCCUUGUUUAUGGGUUGAGACGAACACAACUACCCUCAACAUACUGACUGCACAUGCUGAGAUUGCACUGGGUUUCCUCCUAAUCGUUUCACUGUUCUCGUGGCAACGUAACAUAGUACAAACAUUUAUGUACUGGCAGCUCUUGAAGCUCAAGUAUAAGGCUCCUGUGACUGCUAGCUACCAGCAGAGCGUGUGGGCUAAGAUUGGCAGGACUGUGCAUCCACUUGUCAACCAGUAUGCUCCAUUCUUGAAUACACCACUCUCUUUUGCCAAGAGAUGGUGGCUCAGGUAAAAACACAACAGGGAAGUGAGAUGAGGAAUGAUGAAGAAAAUGAUCAAACAGGCCACAUGGGAAUAUGAGAUUCACUUUAAUUGAUGGAAUCUUUUUUAUUAAAAGUUUUGAUAGAUCAUGCAACUAUCUUAAUUAAAAAGUCAGCUGAACACUUUUCUUAAAGUUGAUAGUUGCUUUUGCCUCUUUUUCUCUGUUGUCUCCCACUCGUACCCACAUGAUUUGCUUAAAGAAGUGUACCACUUAAGUUUAGUUUUAUGGAUAUAUUGAUGAAUGUGUGCAUAUAUGAACC